AUGAUCAAUGAUGAUGGUGGUGAUGAUAAUGAUCAUGAUGAUCAUGAUCGUGAUGAUGAUCACGAUGGUGAUGCUGAUGGUGAUGAUGAUGAUGGUGAUGAUGAUGGUGAUAAUGAUGGUGAUAAUGAUGAUGGUGAUAAUGAUGGUGAUAAUGAUGAUGGUGAUGAUGAUGGUGAUGAUGGUGGUGGUGAUGAUGGUGAUGAUGAUGAUGAUGAUCAUAAUGGUGGUGAUGAUGAUCAUGAUGGUGAUGAUGGUGGUGGUGGUGAUGAUGAUGAUGGUGAUGAUGGUGAUGAUGAUGAUGGUGAUGAUGGUGAUGAUGGUGAUGAUG